AUGAGCAAAUCGGAGGAUCUUCACUUCAUAACGACUGAGAAGCAUGGAAGCGUUUCUUCAAGCAUGACUUCUUUCCUAUUGAGUGAUGUGUCAACAUCGCCCUCUUCAGAGCCAAAAUAUGUCACCCAGAAGCAGUGUGUCAUUCAUCUCAAGCUUCUCUCAGCGUUUGCUGAAUUGCGAGAUGUAGUUAGCAACAAUGACGGGCUUUUCGGGCUUCACGACACAGACGGACAUCAAGAGGGCGAUGCUCAAGACAAAUACCAUGCCUUGGUUAAGGAGAAGCGCUGGGCUGUAUAUGUCGCACGGGCUGUGAAACGAUACAAAAAUUGGUGGUUCCGUUGUCUCCCAAGCCCGGAACCGCUUCCCAAAAUGGCAGAAAUUCGCAGAAAUGCUUAUGCCAAUGUCGUCAAGCCUGAGAAAAUAGUGGAGUGGCACCAAGAUAUCCUUCCACCCCUGGAUGUUCUUAUGGUGUGGCACUCGCAUAUGCUGAAUCCACGCAAGUAUCUCGAAGACUGUAUCCGGUACGGCAAGAUGUGUGUUUGGGGUGCAGGUUUCCCUUGGGAGCUUCUUGACGAGCAAAUCGAUGGCACAACUUUUGAUUACACGGCAACUGAGGAAGCGUCCCGGUAUUUCGAGUCUCAGGUCAUCGUCAGCUGGACAGCGGGCGAAGACGUGACAGACGUCAACCUUCCUUUUGACAACUGCACAGGCUUAGCUGACAAGGGCUUCCGUGCUGUCUGCCACAAUUGUGAUUACCUUAUUAACCAUGACCGGCUGAAGCUGGCCAAGUGGCGUCAAGAUGUGCGGUCAGUGCGGGAACAGAGUCGGCCUAUGCCCGGGUGCUUCUACAACUUACGUGGUGUCCCAUUUCCAGUGUCCAUGAGCUGGAAAGAAGCAGCAUUCCUAUAUCCAAGCCAACUUAUCCGAGUUGUAGCAGACGACAUACUGGAAUUUACCGAUCCCAAGUUCAAUAAAUGCCACAGUAUCGCCGCUGUGCGCGAUUAUCUCAAGAAAAGAGUCCAAGAACGCAGAGUCCUGCAGAUGGCACACGAGUCACAUUUCUCAAAGGUUCAGCCCACUCGGGUUGAGAAGAUAUGCAUCCGUCGGAUGAUCUCUCGAUACUGGGAUAACUCUAGCCCAUUCUCCUUGGACUUGCUCGGCGCUGUCAUCAGACAGGGCAAGUUCAUUCAACAAAUGGACCGUAUCAACUGGCUUAGGUCACCGACUCUCCACGCCACCAUAAACCGAAUGAUCAGAAAGUACAGUGUCUUCUUCGGGAUCAUGGCUGAUAACCCCAAAGAAAUGGCCGUGCCGACACUAGAUGUGGAUUUGGCAUGGCACACACACCAACUUUCUCCCAGACAAUAUUACAACUAUAGCGUGCGUUUAACCAAUAGGCCAAUGCAGUUCAUCGACCACAAUGACAAGGUUGAUGAGCUAAAACUAACCAAUGGAUUCGAAUGGACUUGCAAAACAUACCGUGAGGUUACCGAUGGGGGGAUCUACAGCGAAUGCGUCUGUUGGUUCUGCGAGGCGAUCCGCUAUCCCGAUCUCUACGGUCACUUCCGCUCAUCAUUAUUGUGGCUUUCCGAUGCCCGCAAAGCCGUUGAUGAGUUGCACAGACAGCAUGAUCAAGCCUCUAAGUCUGACAGUGGGCCGCACAUCUCUAUUCACAGUGCUGUCCGCCUUCAGAAUAGUGAGGUCAACCGAAUCAUGAGAGAAACCAAAGCUUUGCAGCUUCUAGAAGCUUACAGAAAGUCCCUCAGGCGGGCUCAAAAGCAUUCCCGUUCAUCCAGGGCGCUUGAAUCUGCCCUCGCAGCGGUCAACUCUCUUGUCUUGCCAACCAGUCCGACUACGGACACAGUUGUUUCUCAGGACGAGAUAAGCAUGUUGUCAUCCGAAGAUGAGGUCAACCAUGAGAAUGAUGAUAAGACCGUCGACGCCAUUUCGAAUUUCUUCGAUGGCAUCGAGAAACUUGUAGAUGGACUUGAACAGCUGUUCCAUGACGAUCCUCACUGUACGGACGGAUCGCUUAGUGGGCAAGGGAAUUGUAUUUCCGGGACGUGCGGCUCUUCUAUCGCGGCUGGGAACUGUGUCUCUUGUGGGAAUGCGUCUGCUUGUGGUGCUUCUGCAGGGUGCGGUGGUGGUGGCGCUGGAGGAUGUGGUGGAGGGGGAGGGGGAGGAGGGGGGAGCUCAGGAUGUGGUGGCGGGGGCGGUGGAUGCUGA